AUGGCAUUUUUGACUGAAUUAAAGAAUAUCUUUAAUUUAAUGGAAAACUUUAGAACAGUAAAUGAAGGAAUGAGCACAUCAUAUUUAUUUAUAAGUGAGUGUUUAAUGAUUUUAAGAAAAACAAAACUUGAUGAAAAUGAAUCAAAAAUUUGGUUAUGUAAUCAAAUUGAUUAAUUCAUUUAAUCUAAAAUUAUCUCAGCAUCAGAAUUAAUUAUUAAAAAUGUAUUUUAUUUAAAAUACCUAUUUAAAAGGCUACUUAAUUGAUUUAAGAAGGAACAACAAUUUUAGUAUAUGCUAGAUCCUAUUUGAUUGAGAAUUUCAUUAUUAAUUAUUUUAAGUAAGGUAAAUAAUUGACAAUCUUUGUUGUUGAUAAUCCAUAAUUUGGAGAAGGAUCAUAAUUGGUGAAUCGAUUAUUAUAAUAAGGAAUCUCUUGUUAUUAAAUAUUAUUAUCUCAUGUCAGCUACAUUCUAUCUAAAGUAGAAUUAAUUAAAUAUUAUUUAGGUUGAUAAAAUUUUAGUAGGAGCAUCAUCUAUGUUAUGUAAUGGAGCCUUGGUAUCUAGAGUAGGAACUGCUUUAUUAGCAUGUUUAGCAUCAACUCAUAAAAUACCAUUUUUAGUAUUUUGUGAAAGUUACAAAUUCUCAGAAAAGAGUCAGAUUGAUUCAUUAUCAUGGAAUGAAAUAGCAUAAUUAGAAUAUGGAAAUGAAAAUUAAUAAUAUACUUCUUUAAGUCUUAGAUAUGAUAUAACAUAAUCUAAUUAUAUUAAUAUGGUAUAAGUGAUAAUAUAUUAUUUAUUAGAUAGUAACAGAAGUUGGAUUGAUACCAGCAACAUCUGUAAAAGCAGUUAUAGGAGAAUUUAAAAAAUAUAAUUAUGUAGAUGCAAUAGAAGUUCCAAGAGUAGAUUAAUGAUAAUGUUAAU